AUGAAGCUUGCCCACGUUCUGCCCAUCCUUAGCCUCGCCGCGCCAAUCGCAUGCAGGCGCAAACCCGAGACCUGGCCUCCCGGCUUACCUGGGGAUGACAUGAAACAUUUGGGUACCGACAAAUAUAUCAGGCCUCCCCCAGGUUGGAAAGCGCCAUCAGAGAAAGAAAAGAAAGCGAGAGAAGAAUGGAUCGCAGUCCACCGAAGCGUCACCGAAGCACUUGAAGAUUUCAUGUUUGAAACGACGCGGCCAAAGGCUCGGGACGAGGAACAGCUUAAUCUCGGGAUGUUGAGCGUGCAAGCGGCCACGGCGAGAGCGGCAGAUGGAAUUCUUACGCUGGAGGGUCCUUAUAUUGCUGAAAAGUGCGAGAAAGCAAUGAUGGCUCUUGAUGCUCCAACGCUCGCCUGUUCAGACGCCCUCGGUAAAGAGGACAAAGAGAGACUGGCAGAAAAUAUACGGGAUCUCAGAUUGAUGUUCACAGUGUAUGACUACAACUUCAGCCAGAGAUGUGUGAAUGAAGAAGUAGGGUCUCCGUCUUUGCCACUACCACUAGUCGAAGAUAUACUAUGGCAUUUUAAGAUGACUGCCGAGCGGUAUGCGGGCAUUGAUGAGUACUGUAGGUCCAAGGGUUUGCAUUCUUCUGAUAUUGAGAGUGGUGAGUAG